CUUCAAGACACAAUGGCAACUACACGACAGCAUCUAAUAGGACGGAUCCCCCGUGGUUGCCUCCGAACAGAGGCCGACCUAAGCGGACAAUGAUGAUUGUGACAGGAUAAAAAGGAGAAAACCUCCUCCAACAUCACACACCGUACUCUGCACAUUCUCUGCUCACCCGCAGCUCUUGGUACUUGUUCCAACACACGACAGAUCUACGCCGCCGUUACGCCCGCCGCCACUGUGAACAUUUCCAAGACCAAAGAUGCAGAGCAUUCUGCCUCGUUCGAUCCCAGUCCUCGGCCGACAGGCCCUGAGUGGCAAAGCCAUGCUGAGCACAGUGACACAUGGCCCCGGACUCUUUGGGAUCGCUAUGCCGUUCGGGUUCAAUGCCAAGACAGCCCAGCUCACUACACUCAAGUCCCGGGAGCGUGGACCCCCGUCGAGCAUUGACGGCUGUCUAGCCAAGACGAUGCCGCCCGGAUUCAAGGCCCAAGUCGCCAAUCUCGACACCUUCAAACUGCCGGAGCGUGUCACGGGGACGGCCGGCGACGUGAAACUUGGCCAGGCUCUCGUUAGAGCGUGGCGCCAAGAUGGCAUUGUCCAGAUUGCUAUGAGCGACAAGCACAUGUCGCUUUGGCAAGACGCCAAACUAGCCAGUCGUCAGUUCUUCAGAAAGCAGCACAGCGAGAAAGCGGUCUGUGUUGACUCGCAGAGUUACGCAGGCUACAUCGCGUCGGGAGAGGAGGUGACAGACGGCAUUGCCGACUACUCGGAGAUUUUUACCAUCACCAGGGACCUGGAUCCGUCGGAUCCCCGUGUCCGUGCGAAGUGGCCGUGCCAUGGUCCUUGCCCCUGGCCCGAUGUCGACAUGAAAGAGCCAAUGGUGCGUUACAAUGAAAGCCUCGGCGCUGAGGGCGAGAGGUUGCUCCAGCUCGCCGAGCUUGGCCUGGGGGUAUCGCCGGGAUCCCUGACACGCUACACCCGCGAUGGGUGGCACCACACACGCGUCCUCCGAUUUCCCCCGCGAAAUGCCACCAAUGGCAAAGGCAAGGAGGGUCGGGGCAUUGGCUCUCACACAGACUACGGCCUGCUCGUGAUUUCUGCGCAAGACGAUGUGGGAGGUCUCUUCGUUCGCCGUCCCGACCAGAGGGAGAGGUUUGCAAACUGGGAAAAGAGUGCGGCUGGUCUGAAGGAAGAUGACGACGGUUGGAUCUACAUCCCUCCAGUAGAAGGAGUGCAUACUGUAAUUCUCGGAGAUAUGAUGCAGUACCUCACCAACGACUUUCUCACCGCCACACCGCACAAGGUCGGCCUCAAUACGCGAGAACGGUUCGCGCUUGCCUACUUCCACGAGCCCAGCUUUCAAGCCGUCUUGAAGCCUCUCGACAAGGUCUCUGGGGGCAUGCGGCUCGGCCGGAGCAAGGAGCAGGAGGGCAUUCACUAUGGAACCCACUUCACCAACAUGUUCAUGCGCAACUAUCCCGAUCGGGUCACGACGAAGCGUCUCAUAGCAGAGGAUAGAUACUGUCUCCUAUCGACGCCGGAGAUGCGCACUAUGGGGGCCGCCCCGGCAUCGUAGGUUUUAUUUUGUGUUUUGGGCAUUGCGUCAGUAGUGUAUGUGUGUCUCGUAUCCGUGGCUCGAACACGGCAUGAUAUCGGCGUUAUCGGGGACUGACUGUCUGAGCGGGACUGCAAAGUUGUAAGUGCUUUGGUCAGGUGCAUUAGCGUUGC